AUGUUAUCAAGUAUAAAUGAAUUACUUCUUACCAGUGUUAUUGCAUGUUUAUCAAAAUUAGUUCGAACUUUAUGCAAUUAUCUUACACCAUAUCUACCUGAUAUUAUUAAACGAACAUGUACUUUAUUAACACAUCCAUCAUCAACAAAUGAUCAACGUUUACGAACAAUGUGGUCUCAUAUAGCAUUACAUGUUCCACAUCGUCUUUUAUUUCCAAUAUUAUAUGAUGUUAUUGAUAAAAAUGAAUUUCAAUUAAAUGAUCUUGAACCAUUAAUGACAUUAUUAAAACAAUCAUUAUCUAUAGCAACAUUAGAUGAUUUAAGUAAUAAUUAUACAUUACUUAAACAAUUAUUUCUUAAAUUAUUUACAUUACGUAACAUACAUACGAAAAAAAUGCAACCUAAUAAAAUGAAUAUAUAUGAAGAUUAUAUAUUUGAUUGUUUUUCGGAACUUGUUAUGCGUUUAUCAGAAGAAACAUUUCGACCAUUAUUUUAUACAAUUUAUGAAUGGGCAGUUUAUAAUGAACCACCAUCAGAAUAUACAUUAACAUUUUAUCGUUUAACAUUUAUACUUUCAAAAAAAUUAAAAGGUUUAUUUACAUUAUUUGCUGGUCAUAUAAUUCAACAUGCAUCAAGUAUUCUUAAUCAAUUAAAUUCAUCAAAAACUGAAGAAAUAUCAAAUGAAUUUAAAAUAAAUUUUCGUAAAAAAUAUGCUGAAGAAAAUAAAAUUGAAUUAAUUAAUGGAAAAUUAGGUACAAUAUCAAAUUUAUGUUUAUUUGAUAGUGUAGGAUUUAUAAAUGAUGAACGUUUUCAAUCACUUAUGAUACCAAUUGUUGAUCAAUUAGAAAAUUUUACAUCAAAUGAUGAUUAUUCUCAAUGGAUACAACAACAUGUUUCAUUAUGUAUUGUUAAUUUAACAUCAGCAACAAAAGAAGAACCAUUAUGGCGUCAAAUACAUUAUCAAAUUUUAUUAAAAACAAGAUCAAAUUUAUCAAAAGUUCGUUUAGCUACAUUAAAUGUUUUACAAGAACUUUCAAGAAAAUUAGGAAUGAAUUAUCAAAGUCUUUUACCAGAAGCUAUACCAUUUAUGGCUGAAUUAAUGGAAGAUCCAAAUGAUGAAGUUGAAAAAACAUGUCAUCGUGUUAUUGUUGAUAUGGAAUCAACAUUAGGUGAAUCAUUACAAGAUUAUUUCAAUAAUUAA